AUGCUUCGCGAUGCAAAUACAUUGGAGAUAGCUUACAGAGAAUCAUUUGUUAAUCCUAUAAUUCCCAAGGCCUUCGAGGAUGUGAACGACAAGAUUAGGUUCCAAACUUAUAGCCGGGUAAUGGAUUAUUACAUUAAUUUACAAGAGAUCUCGCGGAAGGCACAGGAAUAUAAUCCUUCAAAUGAAAAUCUGUUAGAAGCGUCACCACCAAAAAAGCAUCAGCAAAAGCAAGAUCCUGACAAUUACUGA